AUGCAAGAAAACCAUCUGGAUAAUAUGGAUUUUACAAUGGUUACGUUUAUAUUUCCCCUUCAUUGUUUAUUUGUUCAUUAUUUCCAUUUUUCUUUAACCUUCUCUCUCUCUCUCUCUCUCUCUCUCUCCUUCUCCUUAUUGUUUCCUCACUUUCCUUCCUUUCUACUCUUCCGUGAACGUUUUCCUCCUACUUAUUUAUGUCUGUCUCGCAUCCCUUCCCUCUUACCUUCCAUUUUUCUUCCCUUUUUCCUUUCUUUGUUCUUCCCUUCCUUUCUAAUUUAUAUCUAUCCCCCUGCCUCUUCCUACUUCUCGCGUCCCUUCUUUCUUAUCCUCAUUCCUUCUUUCUUUCUUCCUUCCUCUCUUCCUUUCUACUUUAUGCGCCUUUAUCUUUCUCUCGUUCCCUUUCCUUUCUUUUGCUUACGCCCUUCUUUCUCUUUUAAAAAACCAAAGCAAUCCUAG